UGCAUUAGCCGAGUUGUAUUUUGCUAGAUAGGGGAAGGAGGGUUGUCUGCUGUCUGGUAGGAGGGCUUUGUCUGUGUGUGCCUUUCUCUCUCUCUCCCCCCCUCACACUCUCGCUUGCUCUCUCUCUCUCUCUCUCUCACACACUCCCUUUCCCGUCUCUGUGGUUUGUAAGGUAGGUUGCAGUGUGUGUAUAUACACAACAUCAAGAGCAGGAAAAUGGACUCAUUAGGGAGGCAGGCAGUCAUUACCACUCACACUGUACUUCCAGGGAGACAGCGACUAUGAGGAGACAAACUGAGGACUGGGGAACAAGCUGCAUAAAAGAGAAGUGUUAGGAGCUGCCCUUAACCCUUUUGAAGUCAGAAGAGAAAAGGGGACUAGAGGGCUUGACUUCUCCUUUACCUCCUGCAUUUACUCUGACCACAGUCCUUCCCUGUUCUCACAAGUGGAGCUCAGCCUUGCUUCCUUUCCUGUUGAUUCCCAGUCAGCUACAUGACUGCCUGAAGUUACAUUUUAGAUGCUGAAAUCACUGCACCUUAAAAACAAAAAGAUUAAGCUGCACUGCAUUCCUCUUCUGCUGUGUCAUGGUAGUUUCCAAAAUGGUGGAGCCGGGGAAGUUCAUAUGAAACAGAGAAGCCCCUGGGAGGAAAAUAAAGCAGGCCGAGCUGACUCACUGCUGUUGACUCCCUGACCUGCUUCCCAUUUCAACCUCCACCUGUUUAAAAAGUUUAGUAGCUGACAUAUGUCCCCUGGGAUCAUCUGAGCAGUGGACCAGGAAAAAGCAAACCAAAAGAUCCUUGACGAUCAGUUUGUGCUCUUUUCCUGAAGGAACCUUUCCUGGCUUUCAUGUGAGGAAACUGAGGCACAGCAAGUUUUGAGUGACUGUCUAAAUUCACACAGUGAAUCCUUGGCAUAGCUGAGAAGAAAACUCUGGAAUCCUGAAUCACAGGCCCACACUCUAACCAGUAGGCCACGCUGCCACUACAAAUGAGGAGAUAGUAACAGCAAACACCACAUUCCUUAUGUGUUCAAAGACACCUGAUCUCCAUCUUUGGUGCCUCACAGCAACCUGAGUACAGACACAGCCUCUCUCUGUCCCCUGCCCCAAUGAACAUCUGCACUAGGGCCAAAGCUUGGAGUGAUUUACCAGAAGAGUGACACCAUUUGGAAACCACUGCUUUUCUCUGAAGUACACUUACAAUAUUUCAAAACUGGCUGAUUUUCAUGCAGUUUGCAGUGAUACAGUUCUAGCCUGUUAUUCCAAUAAAAAAUGAAGAAACCCAAGACAGCUGAAAACCAGAAGGCGUCUGAGGAGAAUGAGAUUACUCAGACGGGUGCAUGCAGCGCCAAGCCAGGCCUUUCCUGCCUGAACCUUGAAGCUGUUCCGCCUCUGAGCCCAGCCCUCACCCACUCAUCACAGUCACCAACAAACCUGCCCGUGCACACAGGGUCAUCUGAUUGUAACAUCAGUUGCAAGGGGAUGACAGAGCGCAUUCACAGCAUCAACCUUCACAAUUUCAGCAAUUCUGUGCUCGAGACCCUCAACGAGCAGCGCAACCGUGGCCACUUCUGUGACGUGACGGUCCGCAUCCACGGGAGCAUGCUACGUGCCCACCGCUGCGUGCUGGCGGCUGGCAGCCCCUUCUUCCAGGACAAGCUGCUGCUGGGGUACAGCGACAUCGAGAUCCCCUCAGUGGUAUCAGUCCAGUCUGUGCAAAAGCUCAUUGACUUCAUGUACAGUGGGGUGCUGCGGGUCUCACAGUCAGAGGCUCUGCAGAUCCUCACAGCUGCCAGCAUCCUGCAGAUCAAGACUGUGAUUGAUGAAUGCACAAGGAUCGUCUCGCAGAAUGUGGGGGAGGUCUACCCAGUGAUUCAGGACUCUGGGCAGGAGACGCCCAGGGGGACCCCCGAAUCGGGCACCUCAGGGCAGAGCAGCGACACGGAGUCUGGCUACCUGCAGAGCCACUCUCAGCACAGCGUGGACAGGAUUUACUCAGCUCUCUAUGCCUGUUCCAUGCAGAAUGGCAGUGGGGAGCGCUCCUUCUACAGUGGGGCAGUGGUCAGUCACCACGAAACGGCCCUGGGGCUCCCCAGAGACCAUCACAUGGAAGACCCCAGUUGGAUUACACGGAUCCACGAGCGCUCACAGCAGAUGGAGCGGUACCUCUCCACGACUCCAGAGACCACACACUGCCGCAAGCAGCCACGCCCCGUCCGGAUCCAGACCCUAGUGGGCAACAUCCACAUCAAGCAGGAGAUGGAGGAUGACUAUGACUACUAUGGCCAGCAGAGGGUGCAGAUCCUGGAGCGUAAUGAGUCUGAGGAAUGCAAUGAGGACACUGACCAAGCGGAAGGCACUGAGAGUGAGCCCAAGGGGGAAAGUUUUGACUCUGGAGUCAGUUCCUCCAUUGGGACCGAGCCUGACUUGGUGGAGCAGCAAUUCAUGGCUGGCCUGGGUCGAGAGGGUAGUAGGCAGGAACCUUCCCAAGCAGAGCAAAAUGAAGUCCCCCCUGAAGCCCUGCCCCCCCAGCCGCAGCACCUAGAUGCCAACACUUCCUCGCCGGAGAGGAGCAAUGACAUUGAAAUGGACAGCAAAGUGAUCACUGUCAAUAACAGCAACGAAAAGGGGGCCUUGCAGCCUUCUGUCAACACAACAGUCGCCCAACCAUUGCCAAGCACCCAGCUCUACUUACGCCAGACAGAAACCCUCACCAGCAAUCUGAGGAUGCCACUGACCCUGACCAGCAACACACAGGUCAUUGGCACAGCUGGCAACACUUACCUGCCUGCCCUCUUUACCACACAAUCUGCUGGCAGCGGACCUAAACCUUUCCUUUUCAGCCUGCCCCAGCCCUUAGCUGGCCAACAGACACAGUUUGUGACAGUGUCCCAGCCUGGCCUGUCAACCUUUACUGCCCAGCUGCCAGCCCCACAGCCCUUGGCCCCAUCUGCGGGCCACAGCACAGCAGGUGGGCAGGGUGAAAAAAAGCCUUACGAGUGCACUCUCUGCAACAAGACUUUCACCGCCAAACAGAACUACGUCAAGCACAUGUUUGUACACACAGGUGAGAAGCCUCACCAAUGCAGCAUCUGUUGGCGCUCCUUCUCCUUAAAGGAUUACCUAAUCAAACACAUGGUGACGCACACCGGCGUGAGGGCCUACCAGUGCAGUAUCUGCAACAAGCGCUUCACCCAGAAGAGCUCCCUCAACGUGCAUAUGCGCCUCCACCGCGGGGAGAAGUCCUACGAGUGCUACAUCUGCAAAAAGAAGUUCUCCCACAAGACCCUUCUCGAGAGGCAUGUGGCUCUGCACAGUGCCACCAACGGCACAACCGGCACCGGCAACAGGGCUGUCCCUGCCGGAGUGGUGGCCUGCACGGAGGGGACCACGUACGUCUGCUCUGUCUGUCCAGCUAAGUUUGACCAAAUCGAGCAUUUCAACGACCACAUGAGGAUGCAUGUGUCAGACGGAUAAGUAGAAUUUCUGUCUCUUUGUUAUGAACAAAAAAAUAGAAACAACAAAAAAGCUAUGGCACUAGAAUUUACGAAAUGUUUUUGUUUCCUUUUUACCUUUUUCUUUCUUCCUUUUUUUUCUUUAUUUUUAGUUUUGUUGGUUUUGUACUACAUGAAGAACUGUUUUUGCCUGCUGGUACAUUACAUUUCCGGAGGCUGGGUGAAUAAUAGUUUUCCCGACCUCCCUUGGAUGGUGGCCUUAAGGCCAGGUAGUGCUUCAGGAGCUCCACUGGUUGGAUCUCUAGCUACUGGCCUCUAAAUACAACCCUUCUUUACUACAAAAAAAAAAAACACAAAAAAAUAACAAAAAAAAUCUUUUUUUUCUCACUUGUGAAGAGCACUACAAAAAACAAAACGAGUAUACUACGAAAUCUACAAGGCCUACUGUCGUUUUAAGUACACCGCUUGCAGUGUUUCAAUGGACGUCAUUCACAAUUCUGACCGCUCUUGGACUUCACAGUAUCCAGUUAGAACUGUGGAAUAUAUCACUACUGCUUGAACAGCAGCCAGACAAAACAAGGCCCUGCUGGUUUCCACCAUUUGUCUGCUUUAUCUUUCUCUCUUGCUCACACACAAACACACAUACACAUACACACUCUCUCACACACACACACACUAAAAGGGCUGAGGAGAGGGCAAGGGAGUUUGGGUUGGAUGGUGUGAUGUCCCUUCACAGGAUCAGGAAUAAGAAUCACAUUCUUUUCCUGGAUUCUGCUCCAUCCCACACUCUUUAGCUCACCCUCCCCUCCUGCUUUCCCCUCACCACCAAUACCACCUUCCAGCAGACACCGGGAAGAUUCAGACAGCAAGCAACGGUGGCUUUCUUUUGUAAUUUAUUCAGUGUCUUCGCUGAGCCCAGAGCCUCAGCACAAUCAAGAGGGACUUUCACAGAAGGCAAAGAGAAACGCAGAGGAAAAACAAAUAAUGAGGUUUGCAACCUGCGGAUCUAGGUACAAGAGAAGGAUUAGUUCCCACAAUCUUUGCAAAAAAAAAAAAGUUGCACAUGGAUUUAUUCUUGUGGAAGAAA